GGAUUCUGGGCUCUGCUUAGAGACAGGCUGUUGCGGAAUGCUCAGGAGUGAGAGGAGCAAGAAGCAGCAGUAGCACCUAAGAGUUGGAGCCAGACCAGGAACAGGAGACAAAGCUGAGUUUGAAGCUGGGACAACGGCAGCUAAAGAAGUUGAAAGAUGCUGGUUAUUUUGGGACUGCUGACCUCCUUCCUUUCACUUUUGUAUGUGACAGCUCCAUCCAUCAGGAAGUUCUUUGGUGGUGGAGUUUGCAGAACAAACGUGCAGCUUCCUGGGAAGGUAGUGGUGAUCACAGGCGCCAACACUGGCAUCGGCAAGGAGACUGCCAGGGAGCUUGCUCGCAGGGGAGCACGAGUGUACAUUGCCUGCCGCGAUGUGCUGAAGGGGGAGUCCGCUGCCAGUGAAAUCCGAGCAGAUACAAAGAACUCCCAGGUGCUGGUGCGGAAACUGGACCUAUCUGACACCAAAUCCAUUCGCGCCUUUGCUGAGGGCUUUCUGGCAGAGGAGAAGCACCUCCAUGUUCUGAUCAACAACGCAGGCGUGAUGAUGUGUCCGUAUUCCAAGACAGCAGAUGGCUUUGAAACCCACCUGGGGGUCAACCACCUGGGCCACUUCCUUCUUACUUACCUGCUCCUGGGGCGGCUAAAGGAAUCUGCUCCAGCACGGGUGGUAACCCUGUCAUCAGUGGCUCACCACGCUGGCAAGAUUCGCUUCCAUGACCUCCAUGGUGACAAACGCUACUGCAAUGGUUUUGCCUAUUGCCACAGCAAGCUGGCCAAUGUGCUUUUCACUCGUGAGCUGGCCAAGAGGCUCCAAGGCACGGGAGUCACCACCUAUGCAGUGCACCCAGGCAUUGUCAGCUCAGAGCUGGUCCGUCACUCCUUCCUGCUGUGCCUGUUCUGGCGGCUCUUCUCCCCCUUCAUCAAAUCAGCAUGGCAGGGUGCACAGACCAGUCUGCACUGUGCCCUAGCUGAGGGCCUGGAGCCUCUGAGUGGCAAGUACUUCAGUGACUGCAAGAGGACCUGGGUGUCUGCAAGGGCCCGAAAUACAAAAACAGCCGAGCGCCUGUGGAAAGUCAGCUGUGAGCUUCUAGGAAUCCAGUGGGAGUAG